CUCGUGAAAUUCCCAAGCGAUACAGCCACUUUUAACAAGAAGAAUGCCAAUAGAGAUUAGUACACUUAGAGUAUCAACUUCACCACGCAUCCAAACUUGCAAAGUUUAACUUUUAAUUUUAAACGAAAAACUACGCUAAGAAAUUUAAAAUAAAGGAGAAUUUAAUGCGAGCGAAAGCUGUUAUUUACAGUGUUGCUGAGACAGAGUAAAUAAUAGCCUAGGUACUAACUCAUGUUGCUGCUGACAGAUGCAACAUUUCCCCGCACCGAGAGGUAGUCGUAGACAUACGUCCCACAUUUAAGACAUUGAGACGGUGUAAAUACGCACUUACAAUGCAAACCAUUUCGGCAGCUAGAAGGAGAGGAAGAAAUAAAAUUCUAAAAUUUGGAAAACAUAGAAUUUUGAGUGGAAGCAAGAAGCAAGGAGCCACGAGAUUUGAUAAGUUACCACUUGCAGUGGGCGACAGUACGGAAAAGAGGCAUGUGGCAGAGUGCAAGCAACAGCCGCAGGCAGUAAGAGUGGCGGUGAGUGAAAGAGAAAGCGAAUGGCAAGACUUGCGAAGUGAGAAGAUGCGGGUGAGUAAAAUAAAUAAAUUGAGUAAACGUGCUGAGAUGAUAAAAGUACGUGUACAGCGCCGUGGUACACCAAAAUCUCUCUUAAUCGUAGCAAGGCGUAACUUGGCAACGGCCGUCAAAUUUGUGAGAAUUGUGGGAAAUGUUAAAAUAAUAAGAAAUUUGCAAAAACAUAACACCGCAAUUGUCGUUAGGAAUACUAAAUGGCCACAAGUUCGCAACAGCUGCAAUGGGUCACGACGCCCGAGAGACUCAACCAGCAAAAGUAUUCAAGAACCUGCAGCAUUUUCAAGUAGAGGCGAAGCGGUAAAGUGUGUGGAAGGAAAUUUCGAGAGAGAAGAUGGGAAAAUAAUAAAGACAAUUAGGCUACGUGAAGUCAUUGAGGCUAAGUGCAAAAGUGGCGAGGAUAAAGGGAAUAGUGGGCAGCACAAAUGUGAGAGAGGCGAAAUAAUCAAGGUGCUUGAUGUAACGGAAUCUGUAAGGAAUGUAUGCGUGCCUCAAAAAUUACCGGGAGAGGUUACAAUAGAUUACGCAUGUAUGGACGGACUAAGAAGGGCAAAGAAUUUUGAAGUUCCAAAAUUAGCAGUUGAGCAAACGAGCAAGUCUCUACUACUCAGCUGCGAAACGCACAAACUAAGUGCACCGCUGGAGGCUCAAGCACACUUUCAAACUCCUACAUUACUCCAAUGUGAAUAUCCAGCUCGCACUCAAUUUCGAAGUAAUACGCACUUACAAAGUGUAAUACAGCAACACCUCCUAAUUAAUGCGCCCGAUCUAUUGCCAUUCUGUCACCAAAUUCAGGCCCAUAAUGAAUACGACGCCGCUCUUGAGGAUCAACGGCAAACUAGUCAGCAAACUCCAGUGCAUUCUCCCAACCAACCAAUUACACGAUCUCAAAUAUAUUUUAAAACACAAUCGUCUUCAAACUCAUAUCAAACUCUAGCUCCACUAACGACUAAUUCUUCUGGAAUUCAGCAGGCUAGCGAUUUUACUACAGCUAAACCAGAAUUCGCGCCACAAAAUCAUUUUAAAAGUCAACCCUUUUUCCCCGCACAAUCCCAGCUUUUCUCUGAACUCAAAAGGAUUCAACAAACAUCCACGCAGUCCAAUCAGUAUCAACAACGGACUUUCGAACGCACUGAAUCAGACAAGCAUCCAAAUCACUCCAUCCAAGAAUACUUUACAUCUGCAGUCAAGAACUUGAGUUCCACUUUCAGUACUAGCAGACAGUUAGUAAGUCAGUCAGAUCCCUCCAGCUACGAGCAGCAAAGCGAUGUCCACACUGAGUGUCUAUUUCAAAGUCAGACAUGUUUGCGGCAAAAUACUCCAGCUCAUGGUCGUAACAAAGAUCAUUCGGAAGAGCAUAUUCCUUUACACAAGCAAGUUCCGUGCAGCUCUUUUAACACUUCACAACUUAGCAACAACUUUAACGCUGCACCACUACGCCACAACUGGUGUUCUUGGCUAUUUCGCUCAACACCGGCAUCAUCACUACCGGGUGGGCGCUGCUGUCGAGCUCCACCCUCGGAGGCAUUGCCCUUUGCCGCCUCUUCGAGUCAUCUUCACUUACCCUAUCUAUGGAGAGGCCUAGUAAGGAAGAAACUAUUUGUCUCUACACUACUCUUACUCCUCACUGCACUACCCUUGACAUGCGCUGCUUGUCGCGACGAACCCGCCCGUCCAUGUGAGGCCAUAUGCACGCCCGAUGGUCACAAUUGUACGCUGCGUGCCCUUCUCCUACUUCCGGAUGAUGACACGUACAUCGCGUCAAUGCGUAGCACCAUGCCCGUUAUGUAUUUAGCUGAACAAUACUUGCGCAAAAAUAGUUUGCUGCCCCCACAGUUGCAUUUUGAAUGGAUGACAGGAGAUGUGAAGUGCGAGGCGGCCUAUGCAACCAUCAAGGCUAUGGAUGGUAUAGCAAGGAAUUGUGCACAUGUCGUGUUCGGGCCGGUGUGUGAUUAUGCAUUGGCCGCCGUCAGCCGCAUCGCCAAAUACUUUAGUAGCAAUGGAACUCCAGUGAUUUCUGUAGGCGGCGCCACCGAUAGCUUUGAGUUUCCGAAGACCAGCUGUGCAGAUGAGUUUUACAUGUUGCUGCGCGCCGGCCUGCUUAGCUUUAAGAGUAUCUCCGUGAUGAUAAUUGAACUUUUGAAACACUACAAUUGGACCAACUCCAUUGUAUUUUACGAGCGUGAUGGCCGGAAAGAUGUCGCCGGUGAGCAUAGCUGCUAUCUAAUGAUGAAAAGUUUUGGCGACGAAAUGCGAGACCUAAAUUUAACAUUCGCACAGUAUUCACUAAUGCCGGAGCUGCACAAUCGCACCGAAGAAGUGAAACGUGAAAUUGGCAAUAAACAUACGAGUAAGUAA